GCUCACUAAUUAUUCGACCUGACAAGUGUGGCUUGAUCGCAACAGCUCAAAGCUGAAAGGCGAUCAAACAGGUAUUGUCGGCUCGUUCCGUCAGCUAAUUCUUACAUAUUUACUGUAAAGAUUAACAUUUCUGCCAAGCCAGCUAGCUAGCCAGCCUGUUGGAUAAAUAGCGACAGUGGACUGUGCAGAUGGCGGCUGUGAGCAGCAUGAACAAAAUGUAUGGACUGUGUUUCCACGCUGUUCGUCGGACAGCAGGACUGAAGGCAUCGAGGCUGCUUCAACACAGAGCCUUCAGAGUCAGUGCCAUGCACCUACAGCAGCCCUUUGACUCAUCGCUGGAAAAGCCUCAGUUCCCUGGAGCCUCAGCCGAGUUUGUGGAUCAUCUUGAGUUCAUCCAGCCCAAUGUCAUCUCUGGGAUCCCAGUGUACCGGGUGAUGGACAGGCAGGGAAAUAUCAUCAACCCCUCUGAAGACCCUCAGCUCUCCAAAGAGACAGUUUUGAACUUUUACCAGAAAAUGACUCUGCUGAACACAAUGGACCGCAUUCUUUAUGAGUCUCAGAGACAGGGUCGAAUCUCCUUCUACAUGACCAACUAUGGUGAGGAGGGGACACACAUUGGUAGUGCUGCUGCUCUUGACCCAAAUGACCUGGUCUUUGGGCAAUACAGAGAAGCUGGAGUGUUGAUGUACCGUGGUUUUCCUCUGGAUCUGUUCAUGGCUCAGUGCUACGCCAAUGCUGACGACCUUGGCAAGGGUCGGCAGAUGCCUGUCCACUACGGCUCCAGAGACCUGAACUUUGUCACCAUCUCUUCUCCUUUGGCCACUCAGAUCCCUCAGGCUGCUGGGGCUGCAUAUGCCGUCAAGAGAGAAAACAUGAACCGUGCUGUGAUCUGUUAUUUCGGAGAGGGAGCGGCCAGUGAAGGAGACGCACACGCCGGCUUCAACUUCUCUGCCACCCUCGAGUGCCCACUCAUCUUCUUCUGUCGUAACAACGGCUACGCCAUCUCUACCCCCACCAACGAGCAGUACAGGGGAGAUGGCAUCGCUGCUCGCGGCCCGGGCUAUGGCAUGCUUUCCAUCCGUGUGGAUGGUAAUGAUGUGUUUGCUGUAUACAACGCUACAAAGGAAGCUCGCCGCAGAGCCGUGGCUGAGAACCAGCCCUUCCUCAUUGAGGCGAUGACCUACAGAAUUGGCCACCACAGCACGAGUGACGACAGCUCGGCUUACCGUUCUGUGGACGAGGUGAACUACUGGGACAAGCAGGACCAUCCCAUCUCCCGGCUGAGACAUUACAUGACGGCCCGCAGCUGGUGGAGCGAAGACGACGAGAGGAGCUGGAGGAAGCAGUCCCGCAAGACGGUGAUGGAGGCAUUUGAGAGGGCCGAGAGGCGCCUGAAGCCCAAUCCUGAGCUGCUGUUCACGGAUGUGUACCAGGAGAUGACGCCAAACCUGGAGAAGCAGAGGCAAUCCCUGUGGAGGCACGUGCAGCAGUACAAAGAGCAUUACCCUCUUGACCUGUAUGAUAAAUAACUUCAACAUUAUGGAGCAAGUUGUGAUUUGGUAAACAAAUGUGGGAGUGGAUCAGGAUUGAGACUGGGUUAAACUGCUGCACACUUUUUACUAUUCAGAAAGCUGUAGUUUUGAUAUGACAUGUCAUUUCUUUGUGUACAACAAAAGGAGAGGAGAAAGAUUGUGCUUUCAAAAAUAUUCUUCAUGCCUCUGGGUUUGGUGCCUUCAGUUAAUAGAUUUACUGUCAGUAGUAUAACUACUAUAAACGCUAAACCACACAUUUGUUUCACACCACAGUUUUUUUUUUUUUGAAGUGCAGCACAAGUGCAAAAAAAACAAUAGCUGGUGCAGUGUGAAUGCAUUAUGCAGAGAAAAAUCAUACAAAUAGAAUAGCAAUAAAUGGUGGAAGUUUACCCCUGUUGUGUAUGUUCCUUCCCCUGUAGUUGUCCUCUUCAGUGAUUAUGGUAUUCAACAGGUUUCCUUGUGUAUCACUGAUUGUGUAUCACUGUCACUGAUUAACAUGUUAAAGAACCUGACUCUGGUUUAAUGGUUUUUAAUAAGCACACCCAAUUUUUUGAUGGGUUUGUCUUCUGUUACACACUACACUAAAUCCAAGAACUGUACACCCAUCUGUUAUGCGUUUGAUGUUUUGUGGAAAAUAAACUAUGGAACUUUCAA